AUGAAUGUCAGCAACAUCAACAUCGCCGAUGCUUCCAUUGCACAACUUCUUGGGGCCCUCGCUUCCAGGAACACCACGUCUGUCGAGCUCACUACCUUGUUCCUCCACCGUAUCGGUCGUUUCGACUUUCGUGGCCCUCAUCUGAACUCCAUCUGUGUCCUUAAUCCAGAUGUACUAGCCGAAGCCCAAGCUUCGGACGAAUACCGCGCAUCAGGGAAACCGCCCCGCCCCCUCGAGGGUAUACCGUUCACAGUUAAGGACAGCUAUUGUACCAAAGGGCUUGCCGUCGCUGCGGCCUCUCCAGCAUUUUCAGGUCUUAUCGCCACCUCCGAUGCCGCUAUCGUAGCAUCGCUACGCAUGGCGGGCGCAAUCCUCCUUGGCCGCACGAACAUGCCCCCCAUGGCUGACGGCGGGAGUCAGCGGGGGUACUUCGGGCGCACCGAGAGUCCCUAUAACCAGGAAUAUAUGUGCACAUCAUACGCUUCGGGGUCCUCCUCGGGUUCGGGUGUCGCUACAGCGGCAGGCUUUGCGCCCAUUGGGCUCGGUAGCGAGACCGUUUCCUCAGGACGCGCGCCGGCGUCGAUCAACGGCAUCGUCGGGGGUACUCUCCUUCCUGGGGGGCUGUCCCUUGCAGGGGAUAUGUUGGCUGUCUUGGACGUCAUCAUGACAGACGAGGCCACGUCGGAUGGGGACUUCUGGAGGACACAGGAGACGAUUCAGAUCCCCAAAUCAUCCGAAAUCCGCCCAAAGAGCUUCUUCAGUCUCAUGGACCCUACAGCAUUGAAAGGAAAGCGACUAGCCGUCCCCAGGUGGUAUAUCGGCAAAGGAACUACAUCAGCUGGGGAUGCUCCUGCAUUUGCCGACUCUAUCCGGGCUCUGUGGCUCCAGGCUAAAAAAGACCUGGAAACACUGGGCGCGAGCAUCGUUGAAACGGAUUUUCCCCUGGUGGAGAAUUAUACCAAGCAGCACUUUCCCGGUCAGGCUGCCCAUGUUCCCGGCAUGCCGGAGGGCUGGAUUGAUAUCGAACGAUGCCAGAUGAUCGCUCUUGGUUGGGAUAACUUCCUCCGCACAAACGAUGCACCGAACUGCAAGACAUUAGCUACUGUCGACCACAAAAAGAUUCGGCCCUUCUACGCGCCCUUGGACGACCCUCGCAAACACACCGAGGCUCAAAACCAUGUCCGAUACGCCGACAUGAUUGAAUACAUCCGCCAUCGCCCAGAAUCGAUUCAUGACCUUCCGGGAUGUGCUGAGGCCCUCCGCUCCCUUGAAGCUGCACGGAAGCGAGAUCUCGAUUCUUGGCUCGAUGAGCACGGCUGUGAUGCAAUUGUUUUCCCAACCAAUGGAGACGUCCCCCGCGCCGAUGCCGAGGAGGUGCUCUCGUCCAUGCAGCACGCGCUGCGUGACGGCGUCAAGUAUUCCAAUGGCACGCGAGCACUGAAGCACAUGGGUGUUCCGGCCAUAACCGUACCCAUGGGUAUUAUGGCAGACAAGCAAAUGCCCGUCGGGCUGACCUUUGCUGGCAGGGCUUACACCGACGUUGACCUUCUGAGAUAUGCAUAUGCGUUCGAAACGGCAACGCGACAUCGAAGAAGCCCUCCGCUGACUCCAUCGUUGUCAUCAGAUUCUCUGGCGAGCUCAUUACGAUCGGAACAUCCGCCAAGUCAUGCUCAAGCUGCUAAUCUCACAGUUAACGUCGUCAGUGUCAACGCCGAGGCGAUCGGAGACAUCGAGCAUGUCCAAUCCGCGCAUGCCCAAUGCGCUCCCGAUCGAGAACGGGCUGUUGGACGUGUCGCCUGCGACACGUCAAAUGCGAUGCAGCGUCGCCAACCUGUGAGGAAUGCAGCACCAGGCAUGUCGUUUGUCAUGGGUAUGGCCAGCGCCCAUCAUGGAUGGAUGGCGGCAGCUGCGCAGACUCGUAGUCUGGAGACGGCCAACGAAAGGUCCGCCACCGCAGACGGGCCGUUGUCCCAAGCAGAAACUGGCGAGGAGGACACCACAUUACAGAAGGAGGCUAGUGCCAUCACCCCUCAUUUUCUGUUACCAGAUGAUCCUCUCUCCGUUGACUUCCCUUUCUCAGAUGAUCUAGCCGCGUUCCUGGGCCCAGUACCAGAGUCGGAGGACAGCACCAGGAAACACUUUGCGCCAUCUUAUGAGGAGUCCGAGCUGCUCAUGUACUACCUCGACCGCAUUUUCCCCAUGCAGUAUACUCAUUACUCAAAUCGAAAAUGGGGUCGGGGCUGGCUGUUUUGGUUAUUGAACAAGAACGGGCCUUUGUACAAGGCUGCGUUGAGCCUCGCUGCGUUGCAUAAGCACUCACUGAUGUGUGCUGUUAACGAAGAUUUGAGGCAUAACGAUGUGCUACUAGAGUAUCAUACCAGCGCCCUCAGAGGCCUGCAGGAUUUCAUUGGACAGCCUCAGGGUUACGCCAUCUUUAAGGAUGACGAGGACUUCAUCGAGGUGAUCGCUUGUGGAUCGGCGCUGAUCAGCUUUGAGGUCUUUCGAGGCGGUAAGGGCGACUGGCAGCCGCACUUGCAAGCAACAACAGCCAUUAUGAAGACGAUGAACCUCUCUCGGUUGGUUUCCCAUGCCUCUGGCUGGAUAGAGUCCUUAGUGUCAAGCUCGGCUAGGGAACGGCGGGGUAUCGAUGCUGCGCUAUCCUUCCACGCGCCCGUACUUUUAUGGAUGGACCUACUGGCUUGCGCUUCGACUGGCAACGUCCCAUACCUCCCCUAUGAGACGUGGCUACAGAUGGAAGGAUUCGACAUGACCAAGAUCAUGGGUUGUCAGAACUGGGUCAUGAAAGCUGUUGGUGAUUUGGCCGUGCUCGAGGAGCGAAAGGUCAGCCUCGAAGGUCAGACGGAGGACGCGUUGAUGGUCUGGAUGGGUCGGGCCAGGAAGAUCGGGGACGAGUUGGAGGCGGGCAUGGAAGGAUUGGACCUUCGAGACGAGGCGAACAAUCCAGCCAGUCAUGUGACUCGUAUCUUCGCGACGGCGGCGCUCGUGCAACUAUACGCGACAAGAGCGAGUCUGGCACUGUCUGAACCGGCCGAGGGCCAGAGAACCGUGGCCCGCGUCAUUGGCGAGAUUCGGCGCAUGCCACGAGCUACAUUAUCGAUCCGUCAACUCACGUGGCCCAUCUGCGUUGCAGGAAGCAUGGCGGCGCCACAUCAGCAGGCAUUUUUCGAGGAUCUGGUGUCCGAGGUUCUCGUUGAAUCGGAUGCGUCGUUCGGAAACUGUAAGACGGUGAACGAAAUCAUACAACAGUGCUGGGAUCACCGCAAUCUUCACCCUGGACAGCACUGGGAUUGGCGGAGGGCGAUGGCUGACAUGGGCAUAUGCGCACUGCUCAUCUAA